CUCCUCCUUCUCAUCUAUCUGUCAACGCUUCAGCCUGUUUUUCGACCGCCCUUGAGCUCUCGCACACAAUGAGCUACUAUUUCGUCAUCGUAGGAACGAGAGACAAUCCCCUCUACACAGCAGACCUCGCAUCAAAGCCAGCCGCCUCAUCUGGGCCGAGCUCCUUCUUCUCUUCAUCAUCCUCCUCUGCCUCAUCCGCUUCUCAGUCCACUGCCCAGACGAGCGCAGCAAGCGACGAGGCCUCGUCGUCAGCCAAUGGUGGCUCUGGUGGUAUCUUUGGCUUCGGCGGAUCGCUCGGCCUCGGUGCCUUGGCCGGUGGACUGAGCUCAAGGGGAGGCGGGACGACAGGUGGCAGCCAGACAUCAGCACGUCCUUCCUCCUCGUCAGCAACGGCUGCAGGCCAUGACGCCUCUGGACAAAAGGGCAUCGGCUUUGGCAGGUACAAUGACAAGCAUGUGCUACAGAUGAUUGCGCACAGCUCGCUGGACGUUGUUGAAGACAAGCAGUUUGCAAAUGGGGCCAUGUACAUGAAGUCAAUGGACCGAAUCAACGAAUGGACCACAUCAGCGUUUCUCGUCCCUGGCAACAUCAAGUUCCUCAUCCUCCACGAGCACAAGCACGAUGACGGGAUACGCAACUUCUUCCUCGACGUUUGGGAGCUCUGGACCAAAUGGAUUCAAAACCCAUUCAACGAUGUCAACGCGCCCAUCCCUAGCCAGGGAAACAGCUUUGAUGCCAAGGUCAAGGCGAGCGCGAGAAAGCAUUUGUGAGAAUGCAGUAGCUUGUCACAGUUGGGAAACGGCGAGGCAUAUAAAAGGAGAGAGAGAUACGAUACCCAAAAGAGACUGUCCCGUUACAAAGCCCCCAGCGUCUCAUCGCGGGACCUGCCUUCACUACUGCGCCGCCCGCGCCUUAGAGCUUGCUAGCGUCCACGUCCCUUUUUCUCUCGAGGUUCUCCCUCACCAUGCCCUCCUGCGCUAGCACGGCCACAAGGGU